AGCAUAAAAAUACUAACGCACGUAAUUAUUAAACAGAACUUAUGAAAAGAAAAAAUAGUUUUAGUGGUUAAAUAGGCCGGAGUCUGUCCUAGCUAACAUAGUAUGAGUUAAUUAAAAAACACAAAUAUUAAAAGACAAUUACCCAUAUUGUAUAUCAUACAUAUUUAAAAUGGACCUCUGAUGCUCAUCUCCAGCUCCAGGGUAGCUUUGCAUGAUUUACGGUUCAAAAUAUUGUGGCGAGCUCAGACAAGGAGGAGACAGAGGUAUCGUUUGGUCUUGCUUCCCGCAGUUAGCCAGGGAGCACAGCCGUUUAUUUGCAUUCAACAGGAGAACACAGCCACUAGCCCAACUGCUCGGCGCAGCACUAGCAUAACAACAAUAAUAAGAAAAAAAGGUGCCCUCUCUCCCAGAAAACACACAGUCGCAGAGAGAGCCCGUCACAUGGUAACCAUGGCAACAUAAUGCUGCUGCCAACAGAACACAGCUGUCAAACAAAACCCAAGCAGCCCUGACCCGCUACAAUAUCCUGAAUCAUCUGCUCCGUGGAGCAGACCCUCAGUUAAUCUGUCCUCAGACUUUCUUUAGAUUGGCUGCCCCUCACAAACAGACAGGUUUUAACAGCUGGUCUGAGGCUAAUGUGCUCACAGCACUAUAUCAGGGGUAUGCCCUCUGUCUGCCUAAAUAAUAGAUGCAGGAAGCGAAAGAUUUCAAAGACUCUGGGUGUCACGGCUUGGGGGAUCAGUGAGACGCUGAUCGGCCUUUUCUUCCUUUUCUCUCUCUCACUCUCUCUCUCUCUCCUCUCCUCUGUCGCCAGGGCGGAACUCAUUGCGGGUUCACGCCCACGGAAGGGAACACACCUGAUGCCCAUCAAGAUGAGCGGCAUUUAAGCCAGGAGAAGACUGCUGGAUCGUUGUCUACCAUGCACCUCCUGGAUUACCUUCACCAGACCUUUCCUCCAUGCCACCCGUCUACCAUGAUCUCAAACAGACCCGGCUCUCGUAAUGUCAAACCCGAUGCCCUCUCACGCCAAUUCGCCGCCUCCGAAGACGCUGCCCAGGACGCCCCCAUUCUUCCUCACACGUGUGUUGUCGGGGUCCUAACCUGGGAGAUUGAGUCAGCUAUUCGAGAGGCCCAACGGACGGAACCGGACCCUGGUACGGGUCCCCCGGGCCUACUUUUUGUUCCCUGUACUGUCAGAUCACGAGUUCUGCAUUGGGCACAUACUGCCAAGUUCACCUGCCACCCUGGGGUCCACCGCACCAUUACCUUCCUCCAACGCUUCGCCUGGUGGCCGUCUUUAGCUAAGGACGUCCGCGAAUACAUCCCCGCCUGUCCUACAUGCGCUCAAAAUAAAAACGUCAAUCAGCCAUCCUCCGGCCUUCUCCAACCUCUACCGACCCCUGGUCGUCCGUGGUCUCACAUUGCAGUUGACUUCAUCAAGGGCCUCCCUACCUCAUCAGACAUCGUCUCUGAUAGAGGGCCGCAGUUCACAUCACGGGUCUGGAAAGAAUUCUGCAACGCCCUCGGAGCACAGCAGCAUCUACGGAGGUGUCGACGUGCCUGGAGAGCCACCCGGGCCGCCCUUCUUCGCUCAGCUGAUCGCAAUAAGCGCCUGGCGGACCGUCAUCGGACCCCCGCACCUGCCUACGCCCCGGGACAAAAGGUUUGGCUGUCUACCAGAUUCGUUCCUCUCCGGGCUGAGUCAAAGAAACUGUCCCCCACCUUCAUUGGUCCGUUUGUUAUAGACUCUCUGGUUAACCCGGUUUCUGUCCGUCUCAAAUUGCCCCGAAACAUGCGGAUCCAUAACGUGUUUCAUGUGUCUCAAGUGAAACCCUGCCUGUCCAGUCCUUUGUUUCACUUCAACUAAACUUUCUGUUUUAUUUGGUGCUAAUGACCCCGAUUGGUUAUACAUAAUGUACAUAAUUUUGCAUGUUUAGAUUUUUAAUGGUAAAAUGUUGUUUUCAGAUCUUUCUCCUCAACGUGCAGUUUUCUGAAAUCUGAUAUUAAGAGUGCCAAACGGCUAUAACAGUGAUGCACGCAUAAAAAAGAGCUGAUGUGGAAAGUUGAAGCAGUCAUUGCAUCAAGAACAGCACAAGUUUUUCAGUGAUAAUAUGCUGACAUGUUAAAAAAAUACCAUAAUAAACAUAUUAAAAAUA